GGUCCAAAUUGCUUUUUUCAGGCGGCCAUUUUGAAUGUUUCUGUUGACAAGCGACUUUCUACCGUCUGCAGCGAUUUCUUAGUCAAAAUACAAGAUCACAGCAAUAUGUUCCAGAAAAGAUUGCUAUGAUAUGAAACCUGUACUACCACAUGGAGAACUUUGUGCUGUAUGAUGAGGUUGGGAGAGGCACCAAGUCUGUGGUGUACAAGGGCAGGAGGAAGGGAACCAUCAACUUCCUGGCCAUACACUGUGUGGACAAGAGCAAGAGGGCAGAGGUCACCAACCAUGUUCGUCUGACCCACGAGAUUGAUCAUGCCAAUGUUGUCCGGUUCCAUGAGUGGUACGAGACCAGCAACCACCUGUGGCUGGUAGUGGAGCUCUGUACAGGUGGUUCACUGGAAACCCUGCUGGCUCAGGAUGGCAGCCUUCCAGAGGAUGUCAUCAGGCAGUUUGGGGUGGAAGUCAUCAGAGGACUGCACCAUAUCCAUGAAAUGGGGGUGUUGUUUUGUGACCUCAACCCCCGUAAGAUCCUGCUGGAUGGACCAGGAGUGUUGAAGCUGAGUAACUUCAGCCUGGCCCGUGUAGAAGAGGAAGACUUGGAGGAGUUUUUCCGACAGACGUCAGCGGAGUACGAACAGUCGGAGGACGACGGUGACGCUUCAGAUGACUCCGCUCCCAAGAAAAGGAGAACUCUGGGUUCUCCAGUUUACAUGGCUCCGGAGAUCCUCCAAGGAGACCAGCACUCUAUGCAGAGUGACCUGUGGUCUCUUGGCUGUCUCCUCUACGAGCUCUUCACUGGGAAUCCUCCAUUUUUCGCUGACAACUUCACAGAACUUGCUGACCAGAUUCUCAAUAAGGACUUCCCCACCCCUCGAGUUCGUGGUAUCAUCCGACCCUCCCCAGACUUUCUCACUCUACUGGUAGGGCUUCUGAAAAAGGAACCUCAAGAAAGGUUAGACUGGGAGGGCCUGCUAUCCCAUACCUUCUGGCAGGGGGCGUUCCUAACCAAAACUGGCAGCUCAGAUGAGAAGGAUGGGGAGAAGGAAGAUGAGAAGGAGACCUCUGAAGACUCACCACAGCGACACAGGAACAUCAUGUUGUCUCCACUGGGCAAGAGUGAAGAAGGUUCUCCCAGGAAGAGCAUGAUAGCAUCUUUAAAACUGGAUGACACAGGAGAACUGCUGGUUCCUCAAAAUGCACCAGAUGCAAAGGAAGGAGUCUUUACAUUAAGUUCCACUCACAAGUCUGCAAUGAUCGACCAAGCGGACCAGGAAAAGUUGGCUGCAACCGCACGACCACAGACUCCAAAAGACGCCAAGAAUAAGAAUAAGGCGCGAGAGUCUUCUGCGUCCAACACGACACGGUCUACGCGGAAGACCAGUGUGUGCGAGGAUAAUGAAGAGGUGUUGGAACUGGCCUAUCACGAUUCAGACUGGACCGUCACUCCUAUAGUCGACAAUCCAAAGAUCCAGAAGCCUGCACCAUUGAAAUGGGAAACUAAGGGUCUUCCUGUUCCAGCUCACUCAGCGGACAAAUUGAUGAAGAUGAAGACCGUUGAGGCCCGCUCCCACCUGUCUGCCUGUCUGGACUACAUCAGGGCACCUGACAAAGGUGCAGCUGGGCACAAGGCAAAACUGCAGCUGCUCAACUACCUUACAGCCAUAGCUUCUAAAGAUGGAGUGGCCAACAUGGUCAUCAAGAUGAACAUGCUGACCAGUCUUGCUCAACUGAUGAAGACGACAACUUCACUUGACCUUCGCCAGAAGCUGGCCAGGAUGAUAGGAGUUGCUGCCAACCAUUCCACUGUAGUCCAUGAUGAUGCACAACUUUCUGAGAUCUUCACAGCCCUGGCGGAGGUGAUUCGAGACAACUUCCGAAACGCCCGUCUGAAACAGAGCCUUCUGCCUGCUCUGGGGGAGCUCAUGUUCCUGGUGUCAUCCCUGGAGGAACAGAAAGGGGGCGCUGUUGAGAACUGGGCCAUCUCUCCAACCUGCUUCACUCUCGUCAUGCGAUGUCUGCGAGAGGGGGAAGACGCUGUGGUUCACCAUGUUGCAGCCAAGAUUGUUGAGAACAUGGCAACCACGUCCGGCGCCCACAGGGAGAGGUUCGUGACUCCCGAGAUCGGCCCCAUGCUGUGGUACCUCUUCACCCACUCUACUGUCGAUGCUCUCAGGAUCACCGCUGUGUCUGCUAUGUGCAGGUUGAGCAAGCAUUCCGCCACAGUAUUCCAGAGUGUGAUAGAGAAGGUUGGCCUGCCCCACGUGCUGGAGUCCCUGGUGCUGGGCAUCUCCCGUGUCCAGCAGUCCGUGGUCACCAUGUUUAUCACCAUGCUGGCAUCAGGGGGGCAUCUACAGAGACUGGUACAGGACAAGGAUUUUGUGCAGAAGCUGAUGAGGCUGUUGGAGAGUCCGUCCCUGAUUAUCCGAGCCAAAGCUUUCCUGGCCAUCCAUGAGGUCAUCAGGAACAACAGGGAGAUGUUACUCACCUGCUGUCAGGCAAGACUUGUGAUGUACAUUGAGCGAGACAUGAGGAGAACCAUCCCAGCUAAACCUGACCAGCAGGAAGACAUGGAGUACAUGAUGAGGUGUCUGGACCUGCUCAAUGGUUUAUUUGUGGCAGAGUUGCCUCAAGUUAUGGGUGAGGCGAUUGCAAGUCUUGAAGCGAUAUCAGGCAGAAAGCACCCCUCGUCCACCCAGGCUAAACAGCUGAAGUUACACGUACCACUGCUACCUGUCAUGUUACACCUGGCCACUAGUCAGGUUUUCCGUCCAAAGGUAGUGACUGAACAGUUCAUGUCUGGCAUUGGAACACUGCUGACACAUCUUCAGGGUCUGGACUCAGGAACCACAAGUAUUGAAUCUGCACUGGAUCAAGACGCGAACGUUGGCUUACAAAGUCCAUCUGCUAUGGAGGAUUUGAUGCAUGUUGUACUGUCAGUGCUGGAGGCUCUAGCACAACAUCCUACCAUCCUCACACAGUACCACACUGUGGUUAUCCAGAAAAUUCUGCCUCCCUUGGCUGCCCUGGUCAGCAGUGAAAAUGCCAACACCAGAGCCCUGUGUCUACGGAUGCUGUCUGAGAUCGCCUCCCUGUACCUCAUCAAUGAUGAGCUCUAUGACAUGGGAACCAUCUCAGAACAGACUUCAGCAAACAACAGUCAACUCAACCUUAUUGUGGUGAAGAUGCUGUUUCCUCAAUAUGAGCAGCUACUCUUGGAGCCAGACCCUCUGCCAUGCUAUGCAUUGAAGCUGUUACAGGCUCUAUUAGAGAGAAGCCCUGUGUUCGUCAGAAAUCUUGAAGAAAUGGGCUUAGUCCAUGUCCUCUUCCAAGUGAUAAUGGAACAUCAGGACAAUGCAACCAGCAGUACCAUGCAAAGCUUGAUGGGAAUAUUGAACUGCAUUGUGGGAUACAAGGACACCAACAUGCAGACCCUAUAUGACCUAGGUCUAGUGGACCAGCUGAUAGCCAUGCUCUUGGAGGUGACCAGUCAGUGUAUGGAGUCUGAGGAGAAAGGGGAUGUGAAGGCCCCCAUCGCCUCCCUGCUGUCCCUGCUAGACACUCUCCACUGCCUGCUCAAGUACAUCACAAACCUGAUUAGACAGGCACUACAGGGUCAGAAGACAGGAGAGCAGACCCAGGCAGCAGAGAAGCUACUGGUGGUGAACAAGCCUUUAGUGGAUCUCACUAGCUUACUCAUUCAACUGUUGUGUCACGAUGAUCCAGACAUCAAAGACUGGGCAUCUCGCUGCCUGUCCCUGAUGGUACAGCUGUAUGGAGGGGAGUACGCAGACACUUUCAGCCCCGAGUGUGUGGAGUGUUUCGCUGAGGCUCUCACUUCUGCCGACGCCAGGAGACAAAAACUGCUGCUCAGGAUUAUCAAAAGAGUGAUUGUAACCGAGAAGAGGCAUGCUGCAGUGCUGAGGGAACAGGGACAGCCUCUAGUGGAGGCCAUGACUAGUAUGGUCAAGGUGGCAAGCUCCCAUGCAGAUGUCGCAGUGUCAUCACUGGCAGCUGACAUACUCAAGACUAUUGGUGUCAAGAUAUAAACAUGCCUUAAAUUGUAUUCAGUGGCCUUUCAGUGUUGUAUAUGUAUUUACCGGUAUAUGCUGUGAUAUGUUGCACUCGUUGCUUAUGAUAUGAAAGACUGGGUGAAAGAUGUACAUUUGUAUGGUGUUGUGGUUUUAAUUCUUUAAACAAGAAUGCAUACAAGUGAUUUUUUGCUAAUAUACAAAUGCUAUACAUGACAAUCAAGUAUGUCAACUUUUGUAAAGAAAUGUAGUCUACAUGUAUGCACAUUGUUGUGGAGAGCUAUGAUGUAGUUAUUUGAAAUGUGCUUGAAUGUGUGUCUGUGUGUUGUUCAGUGGACUUACAUUCCAUCAAUGUAUGUUACUUAAUAAAGCUAAUGGUUGAAAAUAAGUCUGAAAUUAUUUCUUUAUUGUUAUGUAAAUAAACUGUGCAUCAUUCUUUUCAA